UCACCUCGUCUCGCCCUGACGUGGAUUUCACGGCGAAAUUCGUAUUCACGUCGCCAAACAUUAGCUCGCUAAAAUGCUAACAGUGCCCUUAAAGCUACGGUUAUAAUCACGUUACCUUCACACGCAGCGCGUCGUCAGCACUGGGCUAGUAAGUGACUUGGCGUUAGCAUCUCUGGGCUCCGGCUAUUUCCUGGUGAUGUAAGGCUAUGAGACGCGGUAACGGGCCGCGAUCACCGCGGAGCUGUUCCCCCCCAGAAAAGUCCCGAGGACGCUCCGGAAAGUCUGCUUGCCUCCGCCCCUGAGCCUGGCACCUGCACCGUUUGGAAGGUUUCUGGUGUUAAACUGUGCGUCUUCGAGAGCCAUAAACCAUUCAAGGAACUCUGCUGUUAUCUACACGCCAGCUCCAGCCAUCCGACACCGUUCACUGCGUCUCUUGGACGAUCAGCGUUGUGUUUAUGUCUUUGUUUUGCGAAAACGAGCUGUUGCGCAGCCGUUGGAACCUGUGUGGUGGAAAUCUAGCCUUCAAGCAAGGAGCUUGCGGCCACAGCGGCACAACGUUUUUCAUGUCAGAGACCGAGCACGCUUGCAGUCGUUUAUGUCAUCCCCUCUUUUCCAGACAGAAGAUCCCAAAAAAUCCCCAACCAAGAUCCUUUUAUCUUACUGAUAGUGCUCACGGCCAGCCAAAAUGUCUGUCAACGUCAACCGCAGCGUGUCAGACCAGUUCUACCGCUACAAGAUGCCCCGUCUGAUUGCCAAGGUUGAAGGCAAAGGGAAUGGAAUCAAGACAGUCAUUGUCAACAUGGUUGAUGUUGCAAAGGCAUUGAACAGGCCUCCAACAUACCCGACCAAGUUUUUUGGUUGUGAACUCGGCGCUCAGACCCAGUUUGAUACCAAAAAUGACCGUUACAUCGUCAACGGAUCCCACGAGGCGAACAAGUUGCAGGACAUGCUGGAUGGGUUCAUCAGAAAAUUUGUGCUGUGUACCGAGUGCGACAACCCUGAAACUGAUCUGAAUGUCAACCCCAAGAAACAAACCAUUGGCACUUCCUGUAAAGCCUGUGGAAACCGCGGCAUGCUCGACACUAGACACAAACUCUGCACGUUCAUCCUCAAAAACCCACCAGAGGCCACUGAUAGUGGAUCGGCAUCUGCAAAGAAGGAGAAAGAGAAGAAGAACCGCAAGAAGGACAAGGAGAACGGCUCCGGCGGUGGGGAGGCCCACGGCAACAUCGACGCUCCUCAGGCUGUGGAUGGAGAUGAUGAUGACGAGGACUGGGCAGAAGAGACCACAGAGGAGGCACAGAGGCGGCGAAUGGAGGAGAUCAGCGAUCACGCCAAGAACCUGACGCUCUCAGACGACCUGGAGAGACCUCUGGAGGAGAGGGUCAACCUCUUCUACAACUUUGUGAAACUGAGGAAGGAGAACGGAAGCAUCGACGCGGCAGACAAGGAGAUUCUGGCGGAGGCGGAGCGUCUGGAUGUGAAGGCCAUGGGUCCGCUCAUCCUCAGCGAGCUGCUCUUCGACGAGAACAUCCGCGAGCAGGUCAAGAAGUACAAACGCCACUUCCUGCGCUUUUGCCACAACAACAAAAAGGCCCAGAAGUAUCUGAUGGGAGGCUUUGAGUGUGUUGUGAAGCUGCAUCAGGUUCAGCUGCUGCCGCGAGUUCCCAUCAUCCUCAAAGACCUGUACGACGCAGACCUGCUGGAGGAGGAGGUCAUCUUCGCCUGGGCAGAGAAGGUCUCUAAGAAGUACGUGUCUAAGGAACUUGCCAAAGAGAUCCACGCCAAGGCCGCGCCUUUCGUCAAGUGGCUGAAGGAGGCAGAGGAGGAGAGCGAGGGCAGCGAGGAAGAGGAAGAGCAGGAAGACGAGAACUUGGAGGUCGUUUACUCGUCUUCUGCCCGCGAGGUCAAAGUGGAGACUGUGAAACCAGCCGCGCCUGAAAAAGAAGAAGAGGACAUCGACAUCGACGCCAUCUGAGAGACUGAGCUGCUGCUGCUGCUGCUGAUGAUGCUGAUGCUUUUCUUGUGUUGUGGCUUUGAAUCAUGAUGCCCUGUACGACCUUUAACGGCUGGCCUUCCUCUCCUCCUCCCCCUUCUCCGCCCCUCUCCUCCUCCUCCGCUUUGUGGCAUGACGUUAACAUUAGCGCUUUACUUGCUGCUCAUUAAGCCUAAUCUAAUUUUUGGAGAUUUAAUAAGUUGAUGAUGAAAUGAAGUUGAUGUGAGGAUUUUAAUCUUGGGUGUUUUGGGAUCAUUUUGACUGCACAUUUAGGUUUUUUUGUUUUUUUUGGUCCCUUUGUUUCCAGUCAAUAAAGAAUGUUUUGUUAUCCACGA